AGUAGGACGGCGACGCCACUGUGAGUCGGUGACCACGGCGCGAGGAGCGCGCUCGCCGCACUGUGACAUGUAGCGCGGCCGCCGCGCCGCAGCCUCGCGACCACUCCGCCGGUGCACCGCCGGUGGCGGCGCGCUGAUGCGCCUGCCGUCCGGCCCGACGCCCGCGCCGCUAACCCUUCCGCAUCCGAGCUACCUGUGUCGCUUUCACUAUUUCACCUGAAGCGAGCCCUUCAACCCGUCUGUAUUGACGACCGUCGUCGGAUGGAACCCGGAGUGCGCCGAUUCGCAUCAAGCGGCGGGAGCUAGCUCAGACAUGGGAAGUGAGCACUAUUGCCUGAGGUGGAACAAUCAUCAGAGCAACCUGCUGGGAGUAUUCAGCCAGUUGCUGCACGACGAGAGCUUGGUGGACGUUACGCUCGCCUGUUCCGAAGGUGCCUCCAUAAGGGCGCAUAAGGUAGUACUGUCUGCGUGUUCAUCGUACUUCCGAUCGCUGUUCGUAGACCAUCCGUCGCGUCACCCUAUCGUAAUCUUGAAGGACGUUGGCUUAGAAGAGCUGCGAACGCUCGUCGACUUCAUGUACAAAGGCGAGGUCAACGUGCAGUAUUGUCAACUGCCCGCUCUCCUCAAAAUUGCUGAGAGCCUUCAGGUCAAAGGAUUAGCUGAAAUGACCACUUUAAGCGCAGCCGGCAUUGACACUCGAAACGUCCCAGAGCCAAUGGAAGAGGGUCAACCUCAAGAUAUGAGAGAAUGUAUAGAACCACACGAAAGAUUAGAUAACAGAGAAACUAGGGAAAAAGAAGAAAGGCGGGAAGUCAAAGAAACUAGAGAAAGAGAAUGUAAAGAAAACCGUGACGGAAGAGACAAUCACACAAGGGAAACAAGAGAGGGUAGGGAACUGCAACGAGAAAGAGAGCAUAGGGAUCGUGAGUUAAGAGAGUCUCGUGACCAUCGAGAAAUAAGGGAAUCGAGAGAAACUCGUGAACUGCGGGACUCGAGAGACCAUAGAGAGUUACGUGAUUCAAGAGAUAAUUGGGAACCACGAGAUUUGAGGGAAAUACGUGAUCCGAGAGAAUUGCGAGAUUCACGUGAUCCCAGGGAGAUGCCAGACGCAUCGCCUCCUAGAAUAUCUCCUUUGCUGUCAGUCCGCAGAUUUAGGUCAGAAACUUCAAUCGAAAUGCCAACUCCAACACAUCCACCUAUACCAAAAGAUGAACCGCCGGACGAACCUAUAGGUCCGCUGUCAACUGAAGAAGAUACAGUAUCAAUAAGAUCGAACGGUGCAAAUGAAAAUAUUGGUCUCAAUAUGACUAUAAAUAGUCACAAUAGUGGGAGCACACUGGGACCGCGAUAUUCACCUGUGGAGCAGAGAUUGAGUGUACUGAAUGCGUUGCCACAUCCAGGGCUCCCUCAUCCAACACACCCAUCUCUGCCAAGUCCAAGAAAUGAACCUAUUGCUGGCCCUUCUGGCUUACCACCAGUCCAACAGGUGCCGUUAUCACUGAAAAAAGAAAUAGAUUGGGAUAGGAGUAAUGAGGAUAAAGUUGGUGAACCAUCAACUGAAUUCCGGAUGCAACACGAAACAGAGUACGAAGGGUCCGGUAGGGGACGAAUAGAGGAAGGGGAUAGAGGUUAUCCUUGCAUACACUGUGGCGCGGCGUUUCCUCACCAGAACAAAUUGGCCAGGCACAUAUUGACGACACAUACACUUGAAUCACUGAAGUAUCGUGACGCCAUAUUAGGAAGGCCUAUGGGUCUGCCAAUGAUUGGACAGUUUAGUGAGCCAACAUAUAUGGGUAUGCCUACAGAAGAGACGCCUAUAGACAUAGACAUUGGUCCUGUAGAACCAGGAAAUGUGGUGCUUUGCAAGUUCUGUGGCAAGAGUUUUCCAGAUGUAUCAUCAUUGAUUGCACAUUUACCAGUACACACUGGCGAUAGACCAUUUAAAUGUGAAUUUUGUGGGAAAGCAUUUAAGUUAAGACAUCAUAUGAAAGAUCAUUGUAGAGUUCAUACAGGCGAGCGGCCUUUUCGUUGUGUUUUAUGCGGCAAGACGUUUUCCCGAUCGACCAUUCUUAAGGCGCAUGAGAAGACACAUUAUCCGAAGUACGCUCGGAAAUUUCUGUCACCAAGUCCCGUCGACACGGAGGAAGAGAGUCCUCAUCAAUGAGUUUGGAAUGGCUAUAGUGCACAAAUAUUUGGCGACACGUUAGCCAAUAACAUUAGUUAUUAUUGGAAAUAGUCAAUGGUGAGAGUUUUGAACAAAUGAUGGACAAUAUGUUGUAAUUAGUUAAGAAUGUGAUUAAAACGCCGCAACUGUGAUCUGAAUGAUAUGAAUAAUAUUUGAUAUUUCACUAAUAGAUAAUUGACACACAAAGUUGUUAAUUCUUCAUUUUAGUUGAAGAUGAGCGUUAUGGUUUCUUUGUCUCUUUGCUUAUUUUUUUCGAUACCUUGAAUAUUAGGUGCUUACUUUACGCCUUAGAUAAUAAUUUUAAACACGAUGAUAAUGAUAAUGAUAAUGAGUACCUUAGAUGGCAUAGCCAAAGUUAGUUAGAGAAGUAAAUUUACUUUUAAAAAGAAUAACUGAAAUUUGCUUAUUUUGUUUCAUUUUUAUUAUGAAUUUAUUCACACGAGAGCAGUCAAAGUUAAAACUAUGUAAUUGUUAGGUUGCAAUAACAAUAAUAAUGCAAUGAAAUAGGCUUUUAAAAUUGAAUUGUAAAAUAUUGUAUUAAUUUAGAAAUGACGUAAUCUUUAGAGACUUGCAUAUUUAUAUUAGUGAUUCCCUCAGAAAUGAUUUUAUAAACCAAAUUUAAAAAUGAUAGUGAGUGCUUUUAUUAUUAUUAGAGACUAUACGAAAAUCGCACUCAGUAUAGUUGGUAUCAUUAACGUUUAGGGAUUUGAAGUUUUUACUAAGUUUACGUAUUUUGAAGUUAACGACGCACGCUCCCCUGACGUAACUCAAAAGCAAUACUACGACAUAUAAAUGUAAAUACAUAUAGUUUGGUACGUACUAUCAGAGUUUUAGGAAAUUUAUUAGAAUAUUACUGCUUCAGUAGAUCUGUAUUUGGAUACAUGGGGAGGGUCGUGGAUGUGUGAUCAUGGGAAUCAAAGCUUUAAGCACAGUUCAGGUUCUGUUCGUUCAUUAUGCCUUUCGUCCUCUUUUGAAUUAAAUAUCUGGUAACAUUUUUAAUGGUUACCAGAUAUUUAAUAGCGAGCUAUUGAAAAUUACUUUUCUAUUUCAUACAGCAUAACCACAUUCUAUUGUUAUUAUUGUAGUAAGUUUCAAAUGCUAAAUCUAUAUCCAUAUCCACAUAUAAUUAUUUUGUAAUAUAUGCAUACAAUUAUAAAUACAUAUUCACAAUAACAUAGUUCUUUAUUAGUAAAUUGUAAGCAUUUGAAACUUCACAAUUAUUGUGUUCAAUAAAUGAAACAGAGUUAAAUACAGGGAUAUUGUACGAAUGUUAAUUUAACUAGACAACACAAUUUUUAUUUAAAUAAUAAUGCAGAAUUAUUAUUUCUGUAUACAUCACAACUGAUAUUAAUAACUGAAGCUUUGAUUUGGUGAUGAUUGGUGGGUUGAUGUAAUCGCUGCACAUUUUGGGUGACAUUGACUUGAACUGAGAACCUAACGUAUAACGGUAAGGUCUGAGUGGAGAGUGUGAGUACAACUCGAGCGGCCGCCACUCAGGACACUGUAAGGCAAGCGCGUGUGCUUGUCAUGCUCGAUGGCUUACUCCCGAAAUAUAUUUCGAAUUCGAUUCGGUAUUCGAUUCAAACUGGCAUUGUUUCGAACCUAAUUUUCCCGAACCAAUUCGUAUCGAAAAACACAAUCGAGUUACAAUCAGACGUCAUCAUGCCUUUAGACAUGUGUCUAAGUUCAUUUUUUAUUUUGAAAAUCAUGUUUAUUAUAUUAAAAAUUCACUUUAACAUUUUUAUCACAUAACUCGAUGAAUUUAUCAAGAACAGCAUUCUCGUCUCUUGCGAUUAUAAGCGAAAUGUGGCAGCGGACAGCUGAAAACUUCCGCUCUGAUAAUUCCAAUUUGAAACACCACUCGAUUGUGCGCUUGCUACGGUUUCGGGAGUACGAAAUCACCAUUGAGUUCGAAUACAAUACGAUUGAUUCAGAACUCCAUUCUGUCGGGAGUGGCCGGCUGUUGUCUAUACAAAGUUGACCAAGCUAAAUGAAUUUCGUGACGUCAUUCGUGCCUGUAUCAAAUGUCCCGUGUACAUGAGCACAGACUAAUAUUUUAUGCUGCAUGGGAAGGGACGCGGGCGGCAUUCGCCUUUUGGUCUUGGGCAGCUAGUAAAGAACAUGAUUUGAUAAAACAAAAUGAAUGAAAUUGUUGUGCGCAUUGCCUAGUUAAAGUAAAAAAGAUUUUUUUUUGAAUUGCUAAGGUAACUCUGGCUUAAGCACAUAUUAAAUAAUUGUUUAAAUAAUUGUAUAGCGGUGAAACAUAAAUGAUUCUACUAGUCUAUAGACUUACCUGAUCUUUUCAUAAUCUUUAUAAGACCUUAUUACAUAUCAUUUGAAUAUUUCGUAGUGUUUUAAACUUAUUUUGAAAGGAGUAUUGGACAAAAUUUUCCCUGGAAGUCUGGAAGAAAAUUGCUUGGACUUUUUAGUAAUUAUUAUAGAAAAGAUUUCAUUUUUAUAGGUGAAAUGAUAUCAUUCGGAAGUAUUAUGGUAAUUUAGAAAAGAUCUGUGAUAUUUUUUAAAAUGUAAGCACUACAUCUGGGCGAUAUAAAAAACCUCGAUCUCAGAUUGUGAUUUCAAAGUAGUAAUAUUAGAGCGAUCGGUUUCGCUGCUUGUUGGUUAAAUUAUUUACGUCAUAACAGUACCUAAGUUUAGGCGCUGCUAUUAUUGAUUACAUAUUAUUACAGAAAUAAUUAGUCAUUUAAAUAUAGUUCAUUUGAAAUUUAAUGGUUGAUGUUCCGGGAUUUAGAAAAAAAAAUUAUAUUAUAAGUGAAAAAGUAGAUAAGCUAUGUGCAAAAAAACAGAUCUCAUUCUUUUAAGAUUUAGACUAAGGCACGGCAGAGAAUUACUGCUGCGCCUUAUUUGAUGAAAGUAACUUUGUUUUGUUCUAUAUACAGUUGAAACGAUAAACAAUAAUACAAUUAUUGCUUUCGUUGUUUUUUGACAUUCCCAAGAGCAGAUUGUCUUGCAGAUUGGUCUUAAUUUUAUAUUCCACUGAUGUCAUUAACUCAUAAACUAUUAAAAAAAAUUAUUUUGUUAUAUUUUGCUUCUUAAUAUGUGAACGUCUAGAGUACCUUAGCAAUUAUAUUAAAAGUAAGGCAUCUUAAUUAUUGUUAACGAAGAAGAGGGUAGUUAAAAAUUGCCGCGGUAGUUUUUAGUGAACCCUUCCAACUGCACGUGGUAAAGUAAUUAGAUAUUAAGACAAGUGCAUAAGUGUUUGUAUUUGGAAGGUUUAUUAUGUUUAUGAAGUGGGCGCGAGCGCACGGCGUACCCCGUUAUCCGAAUGUUUUAAUUAUUUGAACAUUCCACGCUGUUUGAUGGAAGUUUAAAUUUACUUCAUUCAAUCCAGUAAUUUUAACAUAUAUUUAAUCGUUAUUGUUUUAAUAGUCACAUUUUAACGAGUUCAUUGAUGUUUGUACACUUAUUUUAUACACAAAAAUACUUCGAAAGCUCAUAAAAAUUUAAAUCCGAAAUCAUAUUUAAUUUGUAUCAACUCUGAGAAGACAUGUAAUCACGUAAUUAGAGUAAAUAGAUUGGUAGAUGCGCUACUUCCCGGAGUUAGAAUGUUUGGAUCAUUGUAAUAUUCAUAAGUAAAUGAAAGAGACACGAUAAUGUUUCUAUUUGAAAAGCUGCACUGUUUUUCUUUUCCGGAGCCGAACGUUACCAAACUUUAUAGCAAUAUUGCAAACUUGAUUCAUGUUCCUCUUCUUAUUUUAAGAAAGAUUGAAUAUUUACAAUUUACAUAAUAAAUUAAUAGCAAUAAAUAAAUAAAUAAAUAAAUAAAUGGUUGAUAAUGAUGCGAAUUAACAAAUUUGUACGAGUAUCAGAAUAGUUUUAUAAUAGAACAGAAUGCAGUUUAAAAUAAUAUUUUGUUUCCUAACUUUCAGAGGUACUAUUUAUUAAUUAAAUGAUAAUAUUGUUAUAAUUAUAUUUCUAUGCAUUGACAUGUAUAUAUAGGCAGAGUGGUGAGAGUUGUUAGUGAAUUGUACUGUAACAAACCCAAGCAAUAGUAUUUAUUAAUGAACCCUAAGUGCAGUUAUUCAAAUUUUAACAUUUUUCCACUUGUUACCACGUCCCUGCGAAGUUCACACGCCAUUAGCACAAAUAUAAAAUAAAUAGUUUUAUCUAUUAAAAUAAAAUAUAUAUUAUGUCAAAUUAUCGUAGAUAUAUUUUUUUUGUCAAGUAUCUACCGAGCAUGAUAAAAUUUAAGGGAAAAUCUAGCACGAUAUAUUUCUUGAUUUGAAAUAGUUGAAACAUAGAUUCAUUUUAUACUAUAAAUUGUGACCACAGUUUUAUAUUUAGAGUGCCUCUUGCCUGUAUAAGACUUAUAUAAAGGCUGCAAAUCACAGAAUAAACAUAGUUUACGUAGGGGAUGAUCGAAUAGCGAAAAAAUAUUGCAAUUUUAUGGUGAAAAUUGUAAGUUGCGUUAUGAUAUGUGACUUGCUUUGUAUGGUGGUUGAAAUAAUUUAAAAAAAUCCGCUCUAACCCAACAUAUUAUAACCAAAAACAGAAAACGGUCACUGUGGUGGCUGGAACGAGCAUCUCCGCAGUCAGCGCAUUCCAAUCUCAGAUAUAAUGAUGUGGUGGACAAAUGAGCCAGUGCAAAGUUAUUUUCAUGACCAAUUCUAGAACAAUAGAAAUUUCCUUGUAGCCUUAAGGUAGUAUUGUUAAGUUUCACCCACGAAAUGGCAUUGAGAGCCAAAAAAGCGUUAGCAUACACUGGUUCGUUGUGAUUUUACUGUUUUAAGUGGCAUACCUAAAUAUAGAACUUAUAUUGCAAUUGUUUCUAAGUUCCUGUAGGUGUAUUAAUUAUUGUAUGUUGGUACAAUUUGUUUAUUGAUUGUAAUUUGUUUAUUAUAAUUUAUUUAGAUUUUAAUUUUCUCGACUACCAUUUGCAUUGGCAUAAUAUACAAUUCAGGUAACAUUUAGAUGGAAAUGUCGGAUUUCCAACAUACAUGAUGUGUCGGUCUGAUAUAUCCGUCGAUGUAGUUUUCUAUUGAACUCGGAUGACGUAUUCUUGAUUGUGUAUUAUGCUCUGAUAAAUUUUAUUCAGCACAAGUUCAAAUAACGUAGGUCCAUUUAUUUAUAGAGCUUAGUAAUAAUUGUUUAUUUGUGGAGAAGCAGUGAUUAUUUCCCUUUAAGCUGUUUUAUUUAACAUUCAUUGUUGACAUUUUAGAUUAGAAAAAUCUGUUUUGCCUUAACAAUAUUAAUAGUUCAUAAUGUUUUAACAGAGAGCAGUACAGUUUUGUUGUAAAUUAGAUGCAGUAUAUCAGAAAGAUCGAGGAUCAAAUUGGUGUAAAGUUUGUCAAUUGUGCAACAGUUUAAAAAGACCCGUAGCUGUUGAUCAUUGUAACUUUUGAAACAAAUAUAAGCAUAUCAUAGCUGUAAAAAUACAAUUUUGACAAAUAAAAGCUCUACAAUCAUUAC